AUGUUCUACUUUGUCACUUCAUGGGUCUUGUUCCUGCAAGGGAUCAGCUCGAUGUCGUCUCUUGCGGUCAGCUACUUCUACAAGAACACAUUACAGGUCGAGCCAGCUCUUCUCUCCACUAUCACGAGCCUCACAGCACUUCCUUGGACUAUCAAACCGUUGUACGGCUUCUUGUCUGAUGGGUGGCCUAUUCUCGGUUAUCGCCGCAAGCCGUACUUGAUGAUCUCAGGAAUCCUGGGAAGUGUAUCGUGGUUCUGCAUGGCAGUGUUCGUCAAUGACGUAUGGUUUGGUUUCGUCUGCAUGUUCAUCGCAUCCAUGGGAAUGGCUGUUUCCAACGUGAUAGCGGAGGGUAUGGUGGUGGAGAAGAGCAGAGGGCAAACGCAAGAGUUUGCGUCGCAUCUCCAGGCGUUUGUGCAUGGAGCACAGGCUAUUGGAGGGAUCAUCGCCGCCUACUUUGGAGGAUUCCUGCUUCAGUACCUUGCAGAUCGCCACAUGUUCAUGCUUUGCGCCAUCUUUCCUCUCACCAUCAUCGUGGUAGCUUUGAUCUCACCUGAGGUUCGUUUUGAUGGCGAUCUGACGGCCAUUCGUGCGGACAUGGCUGGAAAGCUCAAGGAGCUCUGGGAAGCUUUUCAGCAUCCACAAAUUUACAAACCGGUUGCAUUUGUGUUCAUGCUCAACGCCACUCCAGCCACUGGAGCGACCUGGUUUUAUUUCUACACCAACGUCCUUCAUUUUUCUUCAACGUUUCUUGGGACGAUCAACGUUGUAGGUGCUAUCUGCUCUCUCGGAGGCGUGCUCAUCUUUGGGAAUUUUCUGGCCAACACCCCCUUCAGGCCGAUUCUGAUUUGGUCUACUAUCAUCUCGACCGUCUUUGGCUUGACUCAGCUCGCGCUGGUUUUCCGAUGGAAUAGAGAAUGGGGGAUCCCGGACGCUGCCUUCUGUAUAGGUGAGAGCGCAAUCCUCUCAGUGCUUGGAUGGAUCAACACAAUGCCAAUAUUGGUUCUUGCUGCUCGCCUCUGCCCCGUUGGGAUGGAAGCAACCAUGUACGCAUUGAUCAUGUCCGUCAACAACCUGGGAGGAGUGAUUGGAACUCAAUUCGGAGCUCUGAUUACAUGGGGGCUGGGUGUGACAGACAGCAACCUGGACAACUUCUGGAUCCUUGUUUUGAUCUGCAACUUGUCUACAGUGUUGCCGCUAGUCUUCAUCGGGUGGAUCCCCCCUGAUGGAGAAGAUUAUGGGGCGGAGAUCACUGCUGAGAGCGAAAGGAAUCAGCACAAACAGAAGGCUUAA